UAAGCUUACCGAGGGCGCGCGCGGAACACGGUUGCCCCUCGCGCCCUUCCUGGCCGGGUGCGGGAGAACGCGAGGAGUGACCCUAAACCUGUCGCCGGGCUUCACCUUGACGGUUGCGCACCAUCCGCCUCCGGCCCGCUGCCAAGCAACAGCGCGCUGCCCCGUGGGCCAGCGGCCGCGCGUCCUCCAACCCCCUUUCCCGCAGAGGGGGCACGGGAUCCUAGGCCGAUCCAGGCCGGGUUUUGCGGCGGCAUGCGAAUGUGCUGAUCCCUCAUCUGCCGUUCUCCGCACAGUUGGCGGCGGGAGAUCAUGGUGCUGGACGAUCUGUGGACCGAGCUCCCUGGCGCCUCCGUGGCUGCCCUGGCCUGCUGCUUCGUUGCAGCGGCCGUGGCCCUGCGCUGGUCAAGUCGUCGGCUGGCGCGGGACGCGGGGGCCAGGGCACGACGCAAACAGCGGGCGGCUCUGGAGACCAUGGAUAAGUCGGCGCAGCGCUUCCGCCUCCAGAACCCCGACCUGGACUCAGAGGCACUGCUGGCCCUGCCCCUGACUCAGCUGGUGCAGAAGUUACACCGAGGGGAGCUGUCCCCGGAGGCUGCACUCUUCACCUACGUAGGAAAGGCCUGGGAAGUAAACAAACAGACCAACUGUGUGACCACCUACCUGGCAGACUGUGAGACUCAGCUGUCCCAGGCCCCAAAGCGGGGCCUGCUCUAUGGAGUCCCUGUGAGCCUCAAGGAGUGCUUCAGCUACAAGGGCCAGGACUCAACACUGGGCUUGAGCCUGAACGAGAGCAUGCCUGCAGAGUGUGACAGUGUGGUGGUGCAGGUGCUGAAGCUACAGGGCGCUGUGCCCUUCGUGCACACCAACAUCCCUCAGUCCAUGUUCAGCUAUGACUGCAGUAAUCCCCUCUUUGGCCAGACCUUGAACCCACUGAAGUCCUCUAAGAGCCCAGGUGGCUCCUCUGGGGGUGAAGGGGCCCUCAUUGCAGGUGGAGGCUCCCCCCUGGGCUUAGGUACUGACAUCGGAGGCAGUAUCCGCUUUCCCUCCUCCUUCUGUGGCAUCUGUGGCCUCAAGCCCACGGGAAACCGCAUCAGCAAAAGUGGCCUGAAGGGCUGUGUCUAUGGACAGGUAGCAGUGCCAAUGUCAGUCGGCCCCAUGGCUCGGGAUGUGGAAAGCCUGGCACUGUGCCUGCGAGCGCUACUGUGUGAGGACAUGUUCCGCUUGGAUGCUGCCGUGCCCCCCCUGCCCUUCAAGGAGGAGGUCUACACAAGCUCUCAGCCCCUGCGUGUGGGGUAUUAUGAGACCGACAACUAUACCACACCAACCCCGGCCAUGAAGCGGGCCCUGCUGGAGACGAAGCAGAGCCUGGAGGCUGCUGGCCACACGCUGAUCCCCUUCCUGCCAAGCAAUAUACCCCAUGCUCUGGAGAUCCUCUCAACAGGUGGGCUGUUCAGUGAUGGUGGCCACAGCUUCCUACAGAACUUCAAAGGUGAUUUCGUGGACCCCUGCUUGGGAGACCUGAUCUCAGUUCUGAAGAUACCCAGGUGUUUGAAAGGACUGCUGGCUUUCCUGCUAAAGCCUCUGUUCCCAAGGAUAGCAGCCUUUCUUGGCAGUAUGAAGUCCCGGUCGGCUGGAAAGCUCUGGGAACUGCAGUACGAGAUUGAGGUGUACCGCAACUCUGUGAUUGCCCAGUGGAGAGCACUGGACCUGGAUGUGUUGCUCACCCCCAUGCUGGGCCCUGCUCUGAACCUGAAUGCUCCCGGCAGGGCCACAGCGGCUGUCAGCUACACUCUGCUCUACAACUGCCUGGACUUCCCAGCGGGGGUGGUGCCUGUCACCACAGUGACCGCUGAGGACGAGGCUCAGAUGGAACAUUACAGGGGCUACUUUGGAGAUAUCUGGGACAAGGUGCUACAGAAGGCCGUGAAGAAGAGCAUGGGGCUGCCCGUGGCCGUGCAGUGUGUGGCUCUGCCCUGGCAAGAAGAGUUGUGUCUGCGGUUCAUGCGGGAGGUGGAGCGACUGAUGACCCCUGAAAAGCAGCCAUCCUGACUGCCACCCACUGGGCUCUGGGGACCUGAGAUCCACUCGAUCUGUGCCCAGCCUAGUCUGGGCACAGCUGCCACCCUGUGAGGAAAUGUUCAGCCUGGGCCAGAGGCUUCCAUGUACCCCUCCCCUGAUCUUCUACAAGAAGCACAGACGCCCUGAGUCUGGACCUUGCCCCCCCUUCUGAUCCCUCCCUCUGCCCUGACAUACCCACCACAUGGCAGGCAGUGGGUGUGACAUGGGCAAAAGCCCACUAACAGUCAAGAAAUGUUUCUAGUCUG